AUGGCUUUCUUCCAUUUGUGUACACUUUCUAUUCCUGUCUUUUUAUUUACUUCUUUCUUGUCAUCUUUUCUAUUUCUACUCCUUUCUUUUUCAUUUACUGCUUUUCUUUGUUUUCUUACACAGUUUCUGCUUUUUUUUUCUUUUUAUUUGCUCUCUCUCUUUAAUCUUUUAUCUUUCCCUCUUAUAAUUCCUCUGUUUUCUUUCCUUUUCUUUCAUUUUAUUCUGUUUAUUUACUUUUUCUUCAUUUUUGUUUUCUUUUUGCUUAUUUUUUAUUUACUUCUGUGUUUCUUCAUUUCCUUUUCACUUUCUGUUCCUGUAUCUCUCUCACUCUAUCUUCCUUUCUUUCUUUCUCUCUCACUCUCUCUUUCUUUCUCUCUCUCUCACUCUAUCUUCCUUUCUUUCUUUCUCUCUCAGUCUCUCUUUCUUUCUCUCUCACUCUCUCACUCUAUCUUCCUUUCUUUCUCUCUCACUCUCUCUUUCUCUCUCACUCUCUCUUUCUCUCUCUCACUCUCUCUUCCUUUCUCUCUCUCUCACUCUCUCUUCCUUUUUCUCUCUCUCAGUCUCUCUUCUUUUCUCUCUCAAUCUCUCUUUCUCUCUCAUCCUUUCUCUUCCUUUCUCUUUCUCUCUCAUCCUUUCUCUCUCUCACUUUCUCAUCUUUUCUUUCUCUCUCACUCUCUUCCUUUCGGUCUCACUCUUUCUCUAUAUCACUCUCCCUUCAUUCCUUUCUCUCUCACAAACUCUUUUUCUCCUGCCUUAUACUCUUUUUUGUGUAAAAUGUUCCAGAAUUUUUUGUAUAACAUUUUUCCAUACAUUCAUCUCUAG